CAGAUAACAGUCUGUGUCACUAAAUUGACCACCAACCUGAAUGUGUUUGUGGGAACAUGAAUGUUUUGAGUCUUUGUGCAUGAUGUGAAGCAGAUUUAGUGGAUCUGCCGUCAGCUUUAAAUCCAGAGCAUGAAAGCACACAGCAGCUUGAGCUGAGCUGUCAGUCAGCAGCAGCAGCCUUAUCUGUGGGCCGCUAACAGGGGCUGAUGGGAGCUUUGAGGAGCUGUUAGAAAGCACGUGGCCUGCUCUGCUCUCACAGCUCGUCCUUGUUUGGCCUCAGCUGCAUCACAGCUCCGCUUGUGCUCAGCUUCUCCAGAGGAAACACCACUGCACAAGAUGCUUCUCCUCCCAGCUGCUGCUCUGUGCUGUCUGUGUUCAGCGCUGGUUGCCAUGGCAGCACAGCCGAUUCAGGACGAUUUGACUUUGACCAGGAGAGUCGGAGAAUCAGCCUCCUUCAUCUGUCAGACUGAUCAGUGUGGUAAUGAGUAUGUCCGCUGGUUCCAGAAGACAGAAACAGAAACAUUCAGAGUGAUUCUUAGGAUUAACAGGAAUAAUGAUAAAAUAGAUUUACGUGACAGUCAUCCUGAGAAAAAUGAUUUCUCAGCUGUGAAUAAACAGAACGGUGUUGAGUUGAAGAUAGAGAAAGUUAAACUCCAACAUUCAGCCACCUACUACUGCUUCUGUUGGAUAUCAGGAAACGAUUACUUUACCUUUGGCUCUGGAACUAAACUGUAUGUAACAGGUGAGCAGGUAGUGAAGCCCGUGGUGAGCGUGUACCCAGCAGCAUCCAGAGUCCACCUGGAGGGGAGCAGCUCCCUGCUGUGUCUGGCCUCAGCCAUGUUUCCUCCUCUGGUCCGCUUCUCCUGGAAGAAGGACGGCCAGCCGGUGAAGCUGUCCUCUACUGAGGCAGAGCAGCUGGAGAUCAGAGAGCCGGGACGCAGCGCCUCCAUCUUGCUGAUCCAUCAGCAACAGGACAGCACAUAUAAAUACAGCUGCUACGUCCAGCACGAGGGGGGACCAGUGGAGGCCCAGACACAACAAGUUUCAGAGCUUCCUGAGCUUCAACAACCAACAGAUUCUCCAACAACCUCUGUUCCUUCAGAGAGAGAUCCAACAACCUCUGUUCCUUCAGAGAGAGAUCCAGCAGCCUCUGUUCCUUCUGAGUCUCAGGUGAAUCUGCUCUGUCUGCUGUCCACAGUGCUGAUAGUGAAGAGUCUGGUGUUCUGCUGUGGACUCUCUCUGCUGAUGAUCCUCACAAACAAGGGACCGUCCACCAACUGCACACAUGCUGACUGACUGUUUGCUGCUGGACUUUUCUCACCGUCACAUCUCAUCAAUACGUCUCAUUCAUCUCUUUGAUCAGUGAUCACAAAUGAUAGCUUUGACGUGUUGUUCUUGGCUGUAAAAUGCUUCUCUUACAGUUUUUCUCAGUCACUUUGGUACAUUUCUCAAAUCAUCCUCAACAUUUCCAUCACAGGAAGUGAAUUUCUCAAAACAAUUCAUACAAACAGCAAAACAUCAUAAAUUACCUUCUAAAGCCAGUCUGUUGCUCAAAAUCCUUCGUUCAUCUCUCUAAAGUAAAUAUCUGUGUCAAUGAACAUGUCAGUGCAUCAGAAUGAUCAGUCCUUGUGUCAUUGUGUGGAUAAAACAGUCAGAUUGCUGAGUCAUGUUGUCAUUCUAACAGUGUUCUCUGGAGGGAUGUUCUGAUGUAAACUAUGGAUAAAGUUUUGAUGACAGUUAUUGUAAAUUGUAAGUUCCAUCUUAGUGUAUGUGGGAGAUUGAUUGUAAGAGACUGGACAAGAUUCACAUUUACUCUUUGACUGUUUGUGUUGUAGUUUGUUGACAGACCACGUCAUUGUGAUACAGAAAGGAGAACAGAGCUGCACAGCACAAAGAAAAAACAUGUUGUGGGGGUGAGACUAUUCAACAGAGAGCCGUUAUAAUACAUUUAGAUCAACAUGACAGAAGCAGCUGAUAAUGUAGGAAACAGCAGAGAAUUGUACAGAAUCAUUGCAUGGAUGAACCAAAGCAUUUAUAACUUGUUCAGAGAAAUGAGAAACUGAUUUUUGAUGUGAACAAGUGACACAAUGAUGUGAAGAUUGAAGAAGUAGUUUGAGAAUUUAAGUUCUGAUCUGAGAAAUGAAGCAAAGAGAAAAACUGUAACUCACAUGUUUGAUGGUCAUCCUGUAAACACAGAUAUUCACAAACAUAUUUUCAGUUUUUCUGUUUAAAUUCUGCAGGACAGUGUUGCUUUGAUGUUCUGGUCUUGUAAUCUCUUGAUAAAGUUUUAUGUAAAGUGCAGCAAAUUGAUCAAUAAACUCAAAUAAUUACA